UUGGUUGAAAUGAGGUGGAAAUAACAUUGAUUCAACCUGUUUUUGCCCAGUGGGAUGGGUCCUAACACUUACCGUAGCCUCUUCUGCUGCCAAAAAAGGGUGACUUCAAGAGCUUGAGGGGGCACAUCAGAACACAACACUUACAGCCUGACACACACACAACACAGACAAACACACACUGAACCUCCAGUCAUGCUGUCGAACGAGAGCUGCGAGAACAGCACCCAUAUCCACACGGACGGGAACCCGGUGGUGAGCACAGUGAUGUUCAUCCUGGGGGUGAUGGGGAACGUCAUCGCCCUGGCCAUCCUGGGGGUCCACCAGAAGGAGCGGCGCACCAAGUCCUCCAUCUUCUGCAUCCUGGUGACGGGGCUGGCCAUGACAGACCUGCUGGGAACCUGCUUCCUCAGCCCCCUGGUGUUUGUGUGUUACAUCCGCCAGCGAUCCCUGCUGGGGCUCACUGGGGACCAGGGACUCUGUGGCCUCUUCGCCUUUGCCAUGACCUUCUUUGGCCUGGCCUCCAUGCUGAUCCUGUGUGCCAUGGCCGUGGAGCGCUGCCUGGCCAUCAGCCACCCCUAUUUUUACUCCAAGUGCGUCCGACGCAGCUUCGCCAAGGUGGCCCUCCUGCUCAUCUACAUCUUCACCUGCGUCUUCUGUGUUUUGCCAUUCUUCGGCUUCGGCCGCCACAAGCAGUACUGCCCAGGCACGUGGUGCUUCAUCAAGAUGGAGGCGGCGGGCGAGGGGGCGGACGAGGAGAGGAAGGUUCUGGCGUUCUCGCUGUCCUACGCCUCGGUCAUGGCACUGCUGAUCGUGGCGGUGUUUGUGUGCAACGGCUCGGUGAUCGUCAGCCUGUGCCGGAUGCACCGCAGCCAGAUGACACGGCGUGGUUCGGUGGUGAACGGAGGGAGGAAGAGGAAGAUGAGUCUGGGCUGGUUCGGACAGGGGGAGGAGGAGAUGGACCACCUGAUGCUGCUGGCCUCCAUGACGGUCAUCUUCGUUGUCUGCUCCUUGCCGCUCACUAUUGCCGGUUUUGCCAAUGCCAUCGAGCCGGUGGGUGACGACCAGGAGAACCUGCUGGCGUUCCGUUUCCAGGCCCUCAACUCCAUCGUGGACCCCUGGGUCUUCAUCAUCUUCCGCAAGUCCGUGUUCCGCCACCUCCGCUCGCUGCUGUGCUGCCACUUCACUGGGGGAGCGGUGAAGAACACGGCCCACUGCACCUUCUCCUUACCCCCUGACGACCACAGGGAGUCUCCCAAACCCUCGCCCUCCGUUUCCCUGCAGCCCAAGCUAUACUCCAGCCUAUUAUGUGGGGGUGGGACUCGGGGCAGGAAAGAGGAUGGGAGUUAGGGAUGGAUGGAUGUGGGAGAGCAGACAAUGGGGGAAGGGGUUCGGGAUAGAGGGUUUGGAGAAUGAACUUUGUUGACCACUAGUACUUACAGGUACCUUAUCCGCUGUUGACUAGAAUGCAAUAUGAGUAUACCGAUGCAUGAGCUACAUGUGAGUGCCAUAUAAAAAGACUGCAAAGAAGUGGAUACAGUGAGUGAUUGUGCCUCCAAACACACUGAAAACUCAAAAACUCAAAGCAACUGAAUAGACAGAAGCUCCUGCUCUGAACUGAAUGUAUGCAGGAGAGGACCCCUAAGUGUGAUUCAUUAUGGACAACCAGCCCUGGACGGGCAAAGGUCAGGGCAAAGAGCUCUCUGUCAAUGUACAGUACGUACAGUGCCUUCAGAAA